AUGUAUCUACCAAACACACGCUGGACGUGGUCGUUUGUCAUUGUCACCACGAUCCAGGCGGCAUGUGUUCUUGCUUUUGAAUCAUAUGUGUUUGCAAGAUUCCAGCUGCAGCUUAAAUCAGAUGCAUCGACGAAUACCGAAUCAAAAACGAUACCAACAUUCCUUACUCUCUACAUCUUCGGUUUCGUGUACGAGCUUGUUUUGGUGUAUGAUGCACUUCGGCUGAAAAAUACUAUCCAAGUUAUUGGACUAUGUAUCUGCAACUUUGGUCUGCUUAUCUAUGGUGCUGUGCAAAUCGACCAGAUCGAUACUUCGGUGACACAACUCGGUGACCUUGGACUUAUCCACCCAGAGGUAAUAGACGAGAUGAGGCCGUUCCUUAUUGCGAUUCCUUGCAUCACUGCUCUUGGAACCGUGGGGAUGAGUUUCCUUGCUUGGAAGUUAUACGAUGAAUUUGCAUGGACGAUCUACAAGCAUAUCAGCGCUGAUUUGCGGAUGAAGCGCCGUUACCUUACCUAUCAGAUCUACAUUGCUCUGCUGAAGUUUGAUUUCUUCUUCUUCCUUGGCUUCACUGUCCAGUUUGUCGUUAUUGUGACAGACACUAAGACUGUCGAGUUUGCUCUUACUCUUGCUGCCAUACCAGUCACUAUCCUGAUCUUGGUGAUGGCUGCGUUCUGGACCCGACGUGAGAGUACAGUUGGCAUGAUCAUUGUCAUCUUGCUCUACUUUGGUGGUUUCGCCUACUUCCUUUUCAAGCUAAUCCGCAUGUACUCUCCCGCAAAAGAGAAGGCUUAUCUCCCCGCUCGCCGAUCUCUUACUUUCUUUGCCGUUGCAACCAUCAUCCUCAUCAUUAUGACCAUUAUCAACGCCAUAAUGUGUACUCUCAACUUCAACAAGGGGCUGAAGCCACAUAUUACAAGCAAGAAGAGACCACGCGGUGCAGAGAAGGAAGGCACCGAGCUUCAUGACCAGUUCUCACCACAUCCUGUUCCCACCCGCAUGACAAUCGAUUAA